ACUUGCGCAAUGCAGCGCCACUUAACCAGCUGCGGCCAACGCGAAAACCACCUUCACGGGGUUACAGCCAUUGUUGCCAGAGUUUCAGAGCCGUACCGGUGACGAUUUGCAAUGUUCUCAUCGCUGUUUUCGCGGGCCAUGUGCCAGAACAACGCCCCUGCCACCAGCCAGAAUGAAGCCCCACAGCAGAUGGGUCUGGUUAAAUCGCUAGUCGCUGGACGGACCAUCGCAGCCGCCGCCGCCAACGUCGGGGGUACUGCAGAGGGCUACAGCUGCGAGUUCGGCUCGCCUCACUACUUUGCGCUCUGUGGACUUGGAGGUGUCCUGUCAUGCGGAAUCACACACACAGCCAUCGUGCCCCUCGAUCUUGUCAAAUGCCGCAUCCAGGUCGACCCCGCCAAGUACAAAAACGUUUUCCACGGCUUCAAAGUGACCAUGGCGGAAGGCGGCGUCCGAAGUCUGGGUCUCGGCUGGGCCCCCACCUUCUUCGGCUACUCAGCUCAGGGUCUUUGCAAAUUCGGUUUCUAUGAAGUCUUCAAAGUCCUGUACACUGACAUCAUCGGCGAAGAGGCCGCUUUCUUGUACCGGACCUCGUUGUAUCUGGCCGCCAGUGCUUCCGCCGAGUUCUUCGCGGACAUCGCGCUGUCCCCCAUGGAGGCCGCCAAGGUCAAAAUGCAAACUUCCCCUGGGUACGCCUCGACUCUGCGGGUGGCGUGGCCCAAGAUCUACGCCGAAGAGGGCGUUAAUGGGUUCUACAAGAGCUUGGUCCCGUUGUGGAUGCGACAGAUCCCUUACACCAUGAUGAAGUUCGCCUGCUUUGAGCGAACGGUCGAACUGUUGUACAAGUUUGUCGUGCCGAAGCCACGAUCAGAGUGCUCGAAAUCUGAACAGUUGGUUGUUACUUUCGCUGCUGGUUACAUUGCUGGCGUGUUCUGCGCCAUUGUGAGUCACCCCGCCGACACUGUAGUCUCAAAGUUGAACCAGGAGAAGGGUUCAACUGCUUUGGAGGCAGCAAAGAAGUUGGGAAUGGCGGGAUUGUGGAAGGGCUUGAUGCCUAGGAUUGUUAUGAUUGGUACAUUGACGGCGUUGCAGUGGUUCAUCUAUGAUGCCUUUAAGGUCGCCAUGCGCAUGCCCCGUCCUCCACCUCCAGAAAUGCCAGAAUCUUUGAAGAAGAGAUUACAAGCUGAAGGGAAGUUGUAAAACGUUAUUUUAAUUUAAAUGUAAUUUUAAUUACUCAGUAUUUCCGGCUAGACAAAAACGUGUCGUAAGUUGUUAUGUAACAUGUUAAAAGUUCUGUUGCUAGACUGUAAAUAGAGCUAAAAGAUAAGUUAUUCUCUUUUAAUCACUCUGCGAAAUAAACCGACUUUCUGAACUA